AUGUUAAAACAAAUUAAAUUCAGACAAAAAUCCUCCAUUUUCAAAUGUCUUCCUCUGGUGACCCUCUGUUUUCUGUCUCCUCCGUACACACAGGAGGAGGAGGCUCUCCGUGGUCAGGUGAAGGACCUGGAGGAGAAGCUGGAGACGCUGAAGAUGAAGAGGACGGAGGACAAAGCCAAGCUGAAGGAGCUGGAGAAGCACAAGAUCCAGCUGGAGCAGCUGCAGGAGUGGAAGACCAAGAUGCAGGAGCAGCAGGCCGAGCUGCAGAAACACCUCAAAGAGGCCAAGAGGGAGGCUAAAGAGGCGCUGGAGGCCAAGGAGCGGUAUGUGGAGGAGAUGUCAGACACUGCGGAUGCGAUCGAGAUGGCCACGCUGGAUAAGGAGAUGGCUGAAGAGCGAGCUGAGUCACUGCAGCUGGAGGUCGACUCUCUCAAGGAGAAAGUGGACGAGCUCACCAUGGACCUGGAGAUCCUCAAACACGAGAUCGAGGAGAAAGGUUCAGAUGGGGCUGCCUCCAGUUACCACGUGAAGCAGCUGGAGGAGCAGAACGGCAGACUGAAGGAAGCACUGGUCAGGAUGCGAGACCUGUCGUCAUCGGAGAAGCAGGAACAUGUGAAGUUGCAGAAGCAGAUGGAGAAGAAGAAUGUGGAGCUGGACUCUCUGAGGAGCCAGAAAGAGAAACUGCAGGAGGAGAUGACAGUGGCAGAGAGGACCAUCGACGAGCUGAAAGAACAGGUGGAUGCAGCCCUGGGAGCAGAGGAGAUGGUGGAGACUCUGACGGAGAGAAACUUGGACCUGGAGGAGAAAGUCAGGGAGCUGAGAGAGACGGUCACCGACCUGGAAUCCAUCAACGAGAUGAACGACGAGCUGCAGGAGAACGCCAGAGAGACGGAGCUGGAGCUGAGGGAGAUGUUGGACCUGGGAGCAACGAGAGUCCGAGAGUCUGAAAAACGCGUCGAAGCCGCUCAAGAGACUGUCGCAGAUUAUCAGCAAACCAUCAAGAAGUACCGCGAGCUCACCGCUCACCUUCAGGAGGUGAACAGAGAGCUGACCAGCCAGCAGGAGGCGUCAGCGGAGCUGCAGCAGCAGGCGCCCACAGAGAUGUUUGACUUCAAGAUUAAGUUUGCGGAGACGAAGGCCUACGCCAAGGCCAUCGAGAUGGAGCUGAGGAAGACGGAGGUGGGUCAGGCCAACAGACACGUUUCUCUGCUGACCUCCUUCAUGCCCGAGUCCUUCCUUCGCCACGGUGGAGACCACGACUGCAUCCUGGUGCUGCUGCUCAUCCCCCGGCUCAUCUGCAAGGCCGAGCUGAUCAGUAAACAGGCCCAGGAGAAGUUUGACCUGAAUGAAAACUGUGUGGAGCGGGUCGGACUGAAAGGAGCUGUCGGGGAGCAGCUGAGCUUCGCCGGUGGUUUGGUUUACUCGCUCAGUCUGCUGCAGGCCACGCUGCACAAAUACGAGCA